AUGGAAAAUAAUACUUCCAUUUCAAACUUUUUCAUACAUGUUGUGGGAUUGGAUAUACUUGAAGGAGCUAACCUGAAAAUGGAAGAAGCAAGGGAUAGGUUAGAUACAUUGGUUCGCAUACUGAAAGACUCUUGUUUGUUAACUGACGGUUUCACAAGCGAACAAUUUGCCAUGCAUGAUGUUGUCCGUGCUGUUGCUGUUACAAUUUCAUAUACAGACCACCAUGUAUUUACAAGGAGAAAUGAUGUUGAAAGGGAAUGGAAGGAUAAAGAUAAACUCAAGAAAUGCACAAAAAUCUCCUUAACUUAUAGUAGUACUGUUAUUAGUGAGUUGUGGCAUGAAGAUCUGGAUUGUCCAGAUCUUGAAUAUUUCUAUAUGACCAAUAUGUGGGGUUCUAAUUCUUCUUUCGAAAUCCCUGAGGACUUUUUCACAGUGAUGCCAAAUCUCAAAGUUUUAAAUUUAAUUGGAAUGCAACAAUUGUUGUUGCCGUUGUCACUUGAUCUUCUGAUAAACCUUCGAACUUUGUGUUUAAUUGAUAGCAAAAUUGAAGAUGUUGCUAUUAUCGGAAAGCUAAAGAAGCUAAAAGUUCUUAGCUUGUCAAAUUCAUCUAUAAGGGAAUUGCCUGCAGAAAUAGGUCAAUUGACUCAACUAAAGUUGUUUGAUUUAAGUAAUUGUCGGAACUUGAAAAUUAUUGCACCAAAUGUGAUAUCAAAAUUAUUGCAAUUGGAAGAAUUGUAUAUGAAGGGAUGCUUUAUUCAAUGGAAGGUUGAAGUACUCAAGGAAUUGAAGCUCUUGUCUCAACUGGCCAGUUUAGAAUUAGAUAUUAAAGAUAACAAGAUGUUGCCUAAAGACUUCUUUUCCAAAGAGCUUAAAAGGUACAAAAUAUCAAUAGGAGUUUGGCCAUCCGAAUAUAUAAGAUAUAAUGAAGAUGAGGAUUUGAGGAUGUUAAAAUUGAAACUUAAUUCUACCAUCUCCUUAGAAGAAUUACGAGGAUUCAAAAAUGUUAAACUCUUAUUCUUAGCCGAAUUUUCAGAUGUUGAGAAUAAUUUUAAUGAGUUUGUCGCUCUCACGCCCCUCUUUGAUGAAAAGGUUAUUUUCACCGAUUUGAUGGGCUUGGAAUUGAGCAACAUUAGUUCUGGAAAGAUUUGGGAUAGCAAAUUUCCAACACUUAUGUCUUCCUCUUAUCAGAAUUUGACACGCUUUAUGUUGAAGAGUUGUGGAAAAAUAAAAUAUGUGUUUCCAUCUUCCAUUGCUAAAAGCCUCCAGACUCUACAACGUCUUGAGAUAAUGGAUUGUGAGGUUUUAGAGGAGAUUGUUGCGGAAGAAGAAGGAGCAAAAGCUGCUGUUAAUUUUGCCUUUUCGCAGAUCAACUCUAAUUUGGAGGAUUUGUAUUUAAAGAAUAAGUUGAGACAGAUUAUAUGGUGGUGUCGAUUUAAAACUCUUAAGAUCGAAUAUGAUGAGUCAGCAAAUAUUCCACUUGGGCUCCUUCAGAGAUUUGAAAAUCUGGAAGUGCUUGAACUAACUUCUUGUAGAUACGAAGAAAUGUUCUCAUGUGGAAAGGAUGAGAAACAUAUGCAGAUCAAUCUAAGACCAUCCUUAGCUUCUUUCCAGAAUCUUAGAGUUCUGAAUGUAAGUUGGUGUAGAGAGUUGAUGAAGUUAAUGACACCUUCAACGGCUAGAAGCUUGGUGCAGUUGAGAGAAUUGAGCGUAGAGGGAUGUGAAAUGGUGAUAGAAAUAGUAGAAAAUGAGGGAGAUGCAACAACAAGUACUGAAAUUGUUUUUGAUAAUUUGAAGAAGUUGUCACUUGAAGACUUAAAAAGUCUCAUAUGCUUCUGUUCUGGGAAUUAUUCUUUCAAUUUUUCAUCUUUGGAAGAGUUAAUUAUAAGCGAAUGCCCCAAUAUGAAGACUUUCACUCAAGGAAUCUUAAGCACACCAAAGUUAUACGAGGUCAAUUAUCACAAUGAGACUAAAGGUGAGUGGGAGAAAAUUGAAGUAGAGAAUGAGGGGAAUGAUCUUAAUAAAACCAUACAAGGAGCAUACAGAAAAGAAAAACAGGAUAUUUCCCUUAAUUUGAAGUAUAAGGCAUUCAAAGAUGUCAAUUCUACAGAGAUUUGCUACAACCAACAUCCAAAUUUCUUUUAUCAAAAUUUGACACACUUGUUCUUGCGGAAUUGUGGAAACAUAAAAUAUGCAUUUCCGUCUUCCAUAGCCAAAAGCCUCCACCAACUCCAAGAACUAAAGAUUGAAGAUUGUAAAGUUUUAGAGGAGAUUGUUGCAAAAGAGGAGGGAGCAAAUGCAGUUGUCAAUUUUGUCUUUCCGAAUAUAACCUUGUUGAAGCUUCAAAAUCUACCAGAACUUACAACUUUCUAUCUUGGAAUACAUACUUCUAAAUGGCCAAUGUUAAAACAGUUGGUGGUGAUAGAUUGUGAGAAGUUCACUUCAAAACAUAUGAGCUUCCAAGAAAAUGGUGAGGAGGGUGAACUUCAUAUUUCCGAGCCAAAAUCUCACUUCUUGGACGAUAAGGUACGAAUCUUUUAUUCCAUUCUUUAUUGA